AUGCAUUUCAGAUUUCCUUUUGUAUGUGUUUCAAUCGCUUACUUCAUCAACCAAGAGGCAACGUUAGCCGUUGUAUACAAUCCAGUUUUAAACUGUCUAUAUCAUGCAGAAAAAGGUCAAGGAGCAUUCAGAAAUAAUGACAAGAUCACCGUUUCUUCUAUUAAAGACCUUUCUGAAGCUCUGGUCUUGACCGAUUGGGGUGGAGACCGAAAUUCGGAAAGUCUGGACAAAAAGUGCAGCAAUAUGCGUCGCAUUAUUGCUAAAGCGCGGGGUCUCCGCACCAUGGGAUCCGCAGCUCUGCACAUUUGUCAAGUAGCUGCCGGAAACGGUGAUGCCUUUUUUGAAUUUGGGAUUCAUUGCUGGGAUUACGCAGCUGCCAUGCUCAUUGUUCAGGAGGCCGGAGGAUACUGUUGUAAUUUUGAUGGUAAGUUUUACCAACCGUUAUUUUCCUGCUGGAAUCCAGGAGAUGAGUGUCGUGGGUUAGUUGCUUUGAGUAAUGCGGCUCCGAUUCGAAACGAGCCACGUGUAUAG